CUCCAAGGCUGCCUGCUCUGCAACACUUUCCCUCAAUGUUUCUCCCAGGGCAAGAUGUGGAAUGACAUCGAGCUCCUGCUCAGCGAUGACACGGGGAGCGUGCAGCUCCCCGUGGGUUUGGGACAGGAAUGUGGCACCGCGCUGUACCAGGUGGACACACUGCUGCAAAUCACGUCUUCAGAAAAGGUCUCAGUUAACCCUCAGCUCCAGGGGUGCAGCUCGAGGGACGGCAGCGUGGUGGUUGUUGCUGACAGAUCAGUGGCACUGCUGGACAGCACCAGGCUGUCCCUUCUGCUCCACGUUCAGUUUGAUACUAACGUGGAUGUGGUUGGAAUGUGUCAAGAAAAACAAUUCCUUGUGGUUGGUGAGAGAAGUGGCAAUUUCCAUCUUAUUCACAUUCCAUCCAAACAAACCUUGCUGACCAAGAUUUUGGUUGAAAAUUCUUCAAGGGAAAAGGCUUACUUAAACCUCUUUAUUGUAAAAGAUCAUGCAGAUGCAGGUGUUUAUCACAUGUUUGUUCUCACAAGCAAUGGGUGUUUCUGCAUCCUGUGUCUCCCCCUUGCUAAGACACAGGAAGCAAUUGAGAAGAUGGACAUGACCACAGCAAAGAAAUUACAAGAAGAGAUAAAGUCAACCUUCAUUUCCACGGAGCAGCAUCACGGCCUGGGCUGUCAGGGCUUUGUGCUCAGCAGCACAGUGAGCAGGAUCCAUCUGAUCAUUGGGGGUAGAGGAGAUCACGUGCUCUCCAAGUGGGAGGUGGACACUACCAAUGCCCUGGUGUCUCUGCAGAGUUUUGCUGAUUCAAGUCUGAUCAAAGGUGCUGCAAAACUCCAAGUCCUCGACAAUCUGCUGUUUGUUUUAGAUACAGAGAACAUCUUAAGCAUAUGGGAUGUUUAUUCUCUUACUCUGAUUUGGGAUUGGCCUUCAAUCCGUAUCGAGGAAUUUCUUCUCACUACAGAAUCAGAUCCUGCUCAGGCCAUGUGGGAAGGGCUUGCCAACCUUAAACUGAUUGUCAUGACAAUCCCAGAUAACCAACAGAUGAGAAGUCUGAAGGUUUUUGCCUUGCCCACUAUGGAACUGCUGUAUUCUCUGGAAGUAUCUGCUGUUUCAUGCCUUGUUCAAAGUGGGAUUUGCACAGACACAAUUUACUUCUUGGAAGGAAUUCGGGAAAAGCAUCAGAUGGCCUCUCAAGAUCCAGUUUCCAUAGUUGUGAUGAGGAGUUUAACUGAAGCCUUGCCAGAAAAUAGGCUGAGUCGCUUGUUGCACAAACGGAAAUUCACUGAGGCAGAGAACUUUGCUCUUCAGUUUGGACUGGAUGUGGAGCUCGUGUACCAGGUGAAAGCAAACAUUAUUUUAGAGAAAAUGGCCUCAGCUUCUGCUGGGAGUUACGGUCAGGAAGCCUGGCUGGAUCUCGUGAAAGAAGCCAAAGAGAAUCUGCAAAAAAUUCAGGACAGGCAGUUUGUUGUGAAUUAUUGCAUCAGCGCCCCGUGGCCUCUGUAUGAGAGCACUCAGGAGAUGCUGAACUACGCCAAAGUCAGAAUCCUGAAGAAGGAUGAGAGGAGCUCAGCUCCAUCCUCUGAUGGGGCUCCAGUGUCCAUAACCGAGGUACUGAGAGCUCAGGCAAGGCUCACAACGUUCUAUGGAGCUUUUGGACCAGAGAAAUUCAGUGGGAUUGCUUGGACAGAGUUCCUCAACAACACGGACAUGUUCAGGACCAUCAUCUGUGAGCUGCAGGAGGGACACUUCUCCUGUGCACAGUACCUGUGGCUCAGGCACCAGGCAGAUUUUGAAAACACCUUUGAUGAGAAGAUGCUGAAGGACUUGCUGGGUGCCAUCCCUUUCACUGUUCCUUUGCAUGAACUGUGUUUGUGGCUUCAAAAUAUUGUGAUCCCCUUCUCAAGGAGGGUUGUGCCCAGUGGACAGAAAAUAUUAGCAAAGUGGCUGGAACAAGGUGCUCGAAACCUGGAGUUAACUGACAAGGCAAAUUGGCCAGAAAAUGGACUCCAAAUGGCAGAGAUUUUUUUCACAAGCAAAAAUCAAGGUGAAGGGGGACUGACAACUCUUGGCCACUCGACUGCUUUGAGAUGUGGGGACUGUGAAGAGAUCCAGAGGUUAAAGAAGCUGGUAAAUGAUUUACAAGAACUGAUCAAUCUGUACAGAAAAUACAACUGCAGGCUGGCCCUCUCGGAUUUUGAAAAGGAAAACGCCACGACCAUCGUGUUCCGCAUGGUCGAUAGAAUUUUGGCCCCCGAGCUCAUCCCGUCGAUUUUGGAGAAGUUCAUCAAACCCUACCUGUGUGAACACAACCUCCAAAAGGAUGAACUUCUUCUGCAGUACAUAAAGGAUUUGCUGGAACCUUGUCGGACACGAUCCACCUCAGUGUUUGAAACUGCCUGGGAGGCAAAGGCCAUUGCUGUCAUUGGCUGCAUCUCUGACACAGAUCUGAAGUUUGAUGCAGUUCUGCAGCUCAUGGGCAGUGCUACAGUGCCAUGGAGUGCAGCAGUGGAGCAGCUGGUGAAACAGCACUUGGAGAUGGAUCAUGGCAAAGUGAAGUUACUGCAGGACAGUUACAGGCUGAUGGAGAUGAAGAAGCUGUUGAGAGCCUAUGGGAUAAGGGACACCAAUCUUUUAAGGGACAACGAGAUGAUCAUGAUGCUUGUGAGAUACAUUCUGAAGCAAGACACCCCCACCUGUUUGGAGGAUGCCUUGAAGAUUGUAGAAGCGUAUGCACUGCCCACUGGGGAGCUCUACUUCCUGAGGAUGAUGGACCUGAUUGGCAGAGAAAGGGGAGAGGAAUCUCUGACUCUGUUGAAGUCUCUGACUCCUGCUGAAGCUGAGGAAGUUGCAGAGAGAUUGACCAUAUGGGCAAAACUGGUGUUAAAGAACAAACCAGAUGAUCCUGAGGAGCAAAAAGCACAAAUGUUUAUGACCAAGACCCUCGUGGAAGUCCUAAAAUUCCUGCUCAGCACUCAAAAAGACAAUCCUGUGAAGGAACAUGAACAUGAAGCAAACCUGAAGAUGUUUGAGGCACUUGCCACCCUGCAGGAAUAUUUCGACAUCUUUCUCUCAGCUGAAGAAUUCAGCAGCCCUGCCCUGAUGUCUGAGCUGCUGGAGCAGCACAUAAAUGCUCAUGAAAGUGCCAGAGGUGCCUCCAAGUGCAGAAAAGUGCAGGCUGUGAACUGUAAAUUGGGAGAUGGCAGAGCCAAGAGCCCUCCCAGCGAGCUCAGGCUGUACCGCCUGGCUUUGCUCCUGCAGGUGCCACGGCACGAGCUGGCACAAAAACUGGCCUGGAGAGCUCUGGAUGCUGGGAAAGUUGAAGAUGCUGUAAAAAUGUGCAGGGAGUCCUAUGAAAACCACUGCAAUGAAGAAACAGGGAAGCUCCUGUUUUCAGUGGCUCAGAGGCUUUGCCACAUGCUGGGAGCUGAUGUUCCAAUGAUCCUUCCCACUGCCAUGAACCUGCCAGCAGUGAUCCACGAGCUGGCCUGCCAGGCAGCCACUGUGUGCAGUGCAGAUCUGCUGUUGGAUUGUCUGGAACUCUGUCAGUACACUUUGAUUGCCAAGGACAUCUACGGGCAGUGCCAAAUAGACACAGAGGGAUUUACAGCAAAGACCCCAUCUUUUGGAGGAGAUAAAGAUCCCUACGAAGAGUGGACCUCUGGUGACUUCUUCACUGAAGAUGGGAUAGUCCUUGAUGCACAGACCACGAUGCCAGUCACAUAUGAAUUUAUUUCUUCUGUCCUGCCUCUCUGUGAGGACAAGGUGUACCCCCUGGAGUCCACCAGCCUGGCAAACCGUGCCUUUGCUGAAGGCCAGAACCUCCUGCUGGCAGUUGGAGCCCCCCUGAGUGCAGCAGUGCAGGCCCUGCUGGAGUGCAGCCAGUGCGAGCUGGCCCUGAGGCUCACGCUCUGUGCCCUGGGGUCCUGCCUCCAGCACGGCACUUCCAACACCAUGGACCUGGCCCUGAGUGAAAAGCUGUGCAGUGUCAACACACUUGUUGAGACCAAGAGCUUCCUCCUGGCUAUGAAAGACAAAUGUUCUUCAGUCAUCAGAACCACUGCCCUGACCUUGCUGCACAAGGUGUUCAACUGCCGUGCCAUCGACCAGCACCUGGCCCUGGGUUACUGCACAGUCCUGCCCAAGGAGGAGAUGUUCAAGAAACUGUGGGAUGUCAUAAACAACACCUGGCAAAACUACAGAAAAGUUCUGGCAGUGGCUCUGGUUGGAGCACAACUCGCUGACCAAUAUGGGGAAACCAAAGAAAAGGAAAAAUUCCAGGAGUUGGUCACUGAUGCAGAAUGGGGUCUCCAGCUUGGCAAAUUUGGUAUUUCUUUUGAGACUGUAUUCAGACAACCACCACUGAGGAAGAAAGAACUCAUCAGAAUGCUGGUCCAAAACCCAGAAGUAGACACAGAUCUCAUCUUGAACUACUGCAGCACUUUCCAGCUGGACAGUGAUGCUGCCCUGCAGCUUUGCAUCGAAACCCUGCUGCUCCAAAACACCAGCACGAGUCAGGGGCCAGAGGAUCCUGCAGAGCACAGGGACAAACAACCUCACUGUACACUGCUGGCCAGAGCCCUGCAGAUCACCCCUCUGCUCAGCAGCACCAAAGCCCUGGUCACAAACCUCACUGGCAUCUUGUACCAGCUGGAUCCUUAUGACUAUGAAACCAUCGAGAUUGUGCUGAGGGUGAUCCAAAACGCUGAUGAGAAGAACACCAGCAUCCAGCUCAGCCAGGCUUUGAGCCUCCUCAAACAUCUGGGAUCUUAUCAAAGAACUCCCCCUGUGGAGCUGGAACACCAGUACGUUUUGGAGCAGGUGAAUCCCUUGUCUCCAGCUGCUCACACCAGGCUGCCCUUCCACCUGCUGUUCUUCAGAACUGCCCAGUGCUUCUGGAACAUCAUAUGUCCAGAGCUCAGUGAGGAAUCUGUCCCAACCCUCCUGCUGAUUGCCAAACUAAUGAAGGUUUCCCUGGACAGCUUCCACAUGUCUGCAGCUCGAUACGUCUUCAAGAAAAACCUGAAACCCAAAAUCCUGGAAAUGAGGAGCAGCGGCUGCCCCUCGGUGGUGACCAAGGAAACCAUCAGAACCGUGCAGACCAUCCAGUCCUACCUGCUGGCCAUUGCCAACCCCCAGUGGGCCGUGGCCAUCGCCCUCAAGAUUGCCCAGGAAUUCCCAGCAGGUCCUGACCAUAUCCAGGCACUGAAAUUCUGCCUCUAUUUGGCUGACAAGUGGCUGAAGGACACCCCAGCUGAGGAUGAGGCCCGGGAGAAGGCAGAGGCGCUGCAGAAGAAGCUGAACGUGCAGUACAAACGAGCGGCGACCGAGAACGUGCUGCUAAUUCACCACCUGCACUCGGGGGAGCAGCUGAAGGCUGUGGGGAAACCAGCCCAGCUGAUUGUGUCCCUGUAUGAACACCCCAGCAUUGAGCAGAGAUUCCAGAACCCCACGGGCAGGGAUUAUCCAGAUAUCCACAGGGCAGCCGAGGAGAUAGCUGAGAUUAACGACCUGGAUAUGAACAAAAUUCGGGAUAAACUGCUGGAGAAGUGGCUGUGUCCAAGCACACCCCCCUCAGAAACAGCUCAUGAAAUCUUUGGGGAGGAUGAAGAAAUCCGAAGAGUGAUUUACCUGCUUCAAUCCUGCCCCAUGGAUUACAGUUCAAGGCUGCUUUUUGCAAUCACAACUUCCACCACAUCUCCCAUUGGUGUCACUCAGCUGACAUUUGCUCACAGGAGCAGAGCACUGAAGUGUCUGCUCCACUUGGCAGAUGCCAACACCGUGGAAUCCCUCUUCAAGAAGCCCGUUGAGACAGUAAAGUAUUAUCUGAGGUGCUGCAUUUACCUGGCAGAGUUUGAAAUCCUGAAUAUUCCAUACACUUACGAAUCAUUCCAUAAGAGUCCUAAGGAGGGGAUGAUCAAAGGGCUGUGGAAGAACCACAGCCACGAACCCACGGCUGUGAGAUUGGUGACAGAACUCAGUUUGGACUACAAAGUGUACGACCCCCCGCUGUGGAACGGCCUCCUCCAGAAACUCCUGGCCUUCAACAUGAUUCAGUACCUAAGAAGAGUUCUGACAGCAAUUGCUGGGAUUCAUUCCUUAUGGGAGAUUCCCACCUUCCCGCGGGCCUGGCGCAGCGUGGUCCUGUCCCCCCUGCUCACAGCUGCCUGUCCACCCAGCCCCCCCCAGCUGCAGGAGUGCUGUGAGUGCUUUGGGAUGCUGCUCAAGUGUCCUGUCCUGGCUGACCUGGAUGUCCCUGGAAUUGCCAAGCAAUACUCCCAGCUGGACCUUCCAGCUUUAGCCUUGGGCUGCCUCUUGCUGAUCCCUCAGCCUGAGAAGAGAAAGCAGCACAUUCAGGGUUUCUUAUCCACUUGUAACACAGAAACUGUGCUGCAGCAAAUAGAUGAGCACAUGGCCACUGGGGAAGUUGUAGCAUUUGCUUCUCAGAUCAGGUCUGUGGUUUUGGACAGCAUCAUAAAUGAGAAGCUCUAUGAAAAAUUCUUGCAAACCAAGUAUUACCCACUGUUGAAGCAACACCUGACAAGGACUCACAGAAUUAAAGAGCUGGUGGAUUAUUUUGCCAAAAAGAACAGCCUCGAUGAAGCAACAGCCCUGAUUCAAGAGUAUCAAAAGAGAUGUGGAAACCCCAGCCUGGCAGACAUCCCACCACCUGAUCUUCUGAAGAUGUACCUGAAUGGAUCACAGGAGGCCUGGAACAGUCCUUGACAAGGUCUUGAUUUAUCCUUUCCUUUCCUCCCUCUCCUGGCAAGAGGAGAUUUGUGCACUCAAAAAGAACACCAGACUAAAAAACUCAGUGCUUUUACCAAAAGCUUCCAUGACCUUUCCACACUUUUUUCAGCUGUUCUAGGCUGUUUCUCCUCCAUCCUGCUCAUCUUCAGCACUUUAAUUUCAGGAAGGAUGAAAGUUUAUUUCCUUUACUUCUGUGUUUCCCCACAUUGCUGCUGUUGGGAUCACUCUGAAUUCAUUCACCACCACAUGACCUUGCACAACUGGGCUAAACCCUUUUAUAAAACUGCCAGGGCUGUAGUUCAUGUAAAAUACUCUGUAGAUAAACCAUAAGUUUAACUAUAACGAGCAUAAAUAAACUUCUGUAUCAAUA